CGAUUGGCAAGAGGCGGCACUGAAAACUCGACAACCUUGCUUUAUGUAGCAGAAAUCCGGCGUUUAUUUUUCUUGUAAAACGUUUUGUUGAUUUAAUUAAAAAACAUGGAUUUCCAAAAUCGCGCCGGUGGCAAAACCGGUAGCGGUGGUGUAGCCUCCUGGUCAGAGACCAAUCGCGAGCGCAAAGAACGCCUGCGGCAGCUGGCGCUCGAAACCAUUGAUCUGAACAAGGAUCCGUAUUUCAUGAAAAACCAUCUCGGCUCCUACGAAUGUAAACUGUGCCUAACCCUGCACAACAACGAGGGCAGUUACUUGGCUCACACGCAGGGCAAAAAGCAUCAGGAGAACUUGGCGCGACGUGCGGCCAAAGAGGCCAAGGAAUCACCCUCAUCACUGCUGGCGCCCGAAAAGCCGCGCGUCGAGCCCAAAAAGUUCGUGAAAAUCGGUCGUCCUGGCUAUCGAGUGACAAAACAGCGCGAACCCUCCAACAACCAGCAGUCGCUGCUAUUCCAGAUAGACUAUCCCGAGAUCAGCGAUGGCAUUGUGCCGCGCCAUCGCUUCAUGUCCGCCUACGAGCAAAAGAUCGAGCCACCAGAUCGCAAGUGGCAAUAUCUGCUCUUCGCUGCUGAGCCAUACGAGACAAUUGGGUUCAAGGUGCCGUCGCGCGAGGUGGAGAAAAUGGAGGGCAAGUUCUGGACGCACUGGAAUCGAGAUACCAAACAGUUCUUCUUGCAGUUCGCCUUCAAAUUCGAGCCAAAAAUAAUGCCACCACCACCACCGAAUUUGCAUCGGGCUCUGGGGCCACCAGCCGGGUUUCCAAUGCCAGGACCACCGCGUCCGACCAUGCAUCCCAUGUUCAACGGUGUGCCGCCGCCACCACCCAUGUAAUCAUCCAUCUCCUUCUACUAGUAACAAAAUAAAAAAAAACUACUU